CCCUGCCUCAGAGGCCCAUGGAGAGGAUGAAGAGGUUUAAGAGACGUUUGUCGCUCACCCUGCGUGGUAGCCAGACGAUCGAUGAAUCGCUCUCGGAGCUGGCGGAACAGAUGACCAUUGAGGAGAACAGCAGCAAGGACAGCGAGCCCAUCGUGAGGAAUGGCCGGCCGCCCUCCUCCCACAGCAUGCACUCGUUUUUGCACCAGUACACGGGCUCCUUUAAGAAGCCUCCCCUGCGACGACCACACAGUGUCAUCGGGGGCAGUCUGGGGUCCUUCAUGGCCAUGCCUCGAAACGGCAGCCGUCUCGACAUUGUUCAUGAGAAUCUGAAGAUGGGUUCGGAUGGAGAGAGCGAUCAAGCCUCAGGGACGUCCUCGGACGAAGUGCAAUCGCCCACCGGCGUGUGUCUCCGCACCAGAAAUCAUCGGCGCAUAUCUAUGGAGGACCUGAAUAAACGCUUGUCUUUGCCUGCUGAUAUCCGGAUUCCUGACGGCUACCUGGAAAAGCUGCAGCUGAGCAGCCCGCCGUUUGACCAACCCCUCAGCCGACGGUCACGUAGAGCCUCGCUGUCAGAAAUCGGCUUUGGGAAACUGGAGACCUACAUCAAACUGGACAAGUUGGGAGAGGGGACGUAUGCCACUGUUUUCAAGGGGCGGAGCAAACUGACAGACAACCUGGUAGCUCUGAAAGAGAUCCGGUUGGAGCAUGAGGAGGGCGCUCCAUGCACAGCUAUUAGAGAGGUGUCAUUAUUGAAGGAUUUAAAGCACGCCAACAUCGUCACGCUUCAUGAUAUUGUCCAUACGGACAAAUCCCUCACUCUGGUCUUUGAGUAUCUGGAUAAGGAUCUGAAGCAGUACAUGGACGAUUGUGGAAACAUCAUGAGCAUGCACAACGUUAAGAUUUUCCUGUUCCAGAUCUUGAGAGGACUGGCGUACUGCCACAGACGCAAGGUCCUGCACCGGGACCUGAAACCACAGAACCUGCUCAUCAAUGAGAGGGGUGAACUCAAACUGGCAGACUUUGGUCUGGCACGAGCCAAGUCGGUUCCCACUAAGACAUACUCUAAUGAGGUGGUGACCUUAUGGUACAGACCUCCUGAUGUACUACUGGGAUCCUCAGAGUACUCCACACAGAUUGAUAUGUGGGGUGUUGGAUGUAUAUUUUAUGAAAUGGCUGCAGGUCGGCCGCUGUUCCCAGGAUCCACCGUUGAAGAUGAGCUGCAUCUAAUCUUCAGAUUACUGGGUACACCUACAGAGGACAACUGGCCCGGCAUCUCAUCCAUCGUAGAGUUCAAAUCCUACAACUUCCCCAAAUACAAGCCUCAGCCCUUCAUCAAUCAUGCGCCCAGGUUGGAUACUGAAGGAAUAGAGCUGUUAUUGUCCUUUCUAAGGUAUGAGUCCAAGAAGAGGAUCUCUGCAGAUGAAUCAAUGAAACACUCCUACUUCAAGAGUCUGGGCAUGCGUGUGCACACACUGCCAGAAAACAUAUCCAUAUUUACACUGAAGGAAGUGCAGCUUCAGAGGGACCCCGGUUACCGGAACUCCUCGUACCCAGAGACAGGCAACAGCAAGAACAGACGGCAGAGCAUGCUGUUUUAAGCUGCGUUCCCUCACACUGUUGCCCAUCGCUCUCACACUCUCACACAAGCACACAAACACACACACACACACUUGACGGAUCAGUUCGACAGCUCUUACUCCGUGACUGUGUUGUAUAGACUAACAGACUUAGUCACCCUUCGCUCACAGAGAGAGGGGUGUUUGUUGCGUGUGCAUGCGUGGUGAAGGGGAUUGGCCAAACCCACUGUCUCUCCCCCCCCCCACCCCUCCCCCAGUGUCCCGCCAUCCAGCAUGCAGCCUUGAGCCAGAGCGCCCAUCGGCCCCUCGUCUGGAUGCCCCUUCCCCUUCCCCUAUGUGACGCUUAGGGUGUGCGAGCGUGUGAACGUGUAUAUAUUUAUUGACAGAGGGGUUGUUUUGCUGCUAAUUGACUACUGUCUCUACGUAACUUCCUCACUCUUGGGGCAACCCUCGUGGACCCAUCAGUCCCACGUUUUUGUUUUGUUUUAAAAGAACGAUUAUAAUUCUGUUGAAAAAAAAUGUUGGGAUCGCAGCUGUCGGUUUGUCAUUUUGUUGGUUUUACAGAGGUGGAAUGCCUAUACGAGUGUUUAGAAUUUGCUUUUGGUUUUCUGGCAUGGCGAUUGCGCUUCAAACCGAGCGACAGAUUCAAAACAUUCAUUCCAAAACCUCCAAUUUUAACGUAUCAUUUCAAGAAAGAGAGUGGAUUUGUUCCUCAAAGGCCGCGUCACGUGAACCAGGGACCAUCUCGACCAGGUGGACUUGCAGAAUGAGGGUGGAAAAAACAAACACUGGACCAGCAGGAACAUUGUGACCUCCCCGUUUUGGACUGAGAACCGGACCAUCUCUCCUUUUGCAUUCAUUCAGAGUGAUCCUAUUGGAACUGAAGUGCUUGUAUGCCAGAUGUGUUUUUAAUUCUUUCUUUGACCUUUGGAGCUCCUGAUGCAUCAUCAAAACCAGUUUUUUCUAUUAAUAGAGCUCCUCUGUAGCUUACGAGUGUAUGCGACUCUUGUAAAAGAUGCGACAAGUGAGGUUGUAUGUGUGAAAAUGGAGAUCUGUAACUGUACAGAGCCAUUUAAAGGCUCCAUGCAAGCAAUGGCUAUGAAGAUGAGCUAGUUUCACUAACAGUAUUAAGAGAUUGUUUUUUUUUUAAUGUUACAUAUUGACCCCUCUGUGAAUAAUGGUAUCUUAAUGUGGCAUGUUGGAGUCCGACUGUCCCACAUUUGUGCUUGAUUUUAUUCAGAAGAGAAAACGAUAUUGUGUGUAUAAAAGAAAAAAGGUAAUAACAACAACAAAAAUUUUGACAGCAGCGUUGGACCAAUGUUUCUUUUUCCCAGCAUUUAUAAACAUGAAGAAAGCAGAAGAUAUCAAACAGAUUUUAGAUGACUGUUUUUUGUUUUUUUGAACUGACAAAUGUUAAUUAAUAUCGUCAAAUCGGAGUCGAUUGUUUCUGGAGAUGCGUGCGUGCGUGUGUGCGUGAUUGCGUGUGUAUACGUGACGCAUGGAGUGCGUGGUGUCCUGUAAGCUCCGCCUCCGUGAAACACUCAGUACCAGCUGUCGGCUGAAUUGACCGUUUAACUCUUUGUACUGCAGAUAUUUAUUUCUCUUAAUCAGUGAAGUAAACAUGGUCUGUUUCAUACAGCGAACUCUCUGUCGUCUGUUUAUUAUAUUUGUGUGUGUGUCUGUGUGCAUUUCAUCUACAAAUACAAGGUGUUCGUUCAGACGCGAGAGCGUUGCGUCGCAUUCAACGCUUGUUUAUUUUAAAUACAAGGCACAUUUUCUUGAUUCUUGAAAAGCAAAAAAUAUAAAAUUAAUACGAGAAUACACUUUUUUUUUUUUAAAUCAAUUCAUUAAUGAAAAAAAACGGAAGCUAUUACAAAGCUUUUCUUUCCAAUAUUGCAAUGGAAUUUCGUCUAUUACAAAAACGUAUUUAAGCAGGAAAAUAAUACAAAUAAACAAUUCUUCCACAAAAAAGGCACAGCCGGUAGUACAUUUGAAGCACAGUGCAUACAACGCAAUAUUAUACAAUACAAUACCAGACAAA